AUGUCGAGAGAUCCACUUGUAGUUGGCAACAUUGUCGGUGAUGUAUUGGACCCGUUUGUUCAGUCUGCUUCGCUCAGAGUGCUCUACAACGGCAAAGAGCUGACAAGUGGGUCGGAGCUCAAGCCAUCGGUGGUGGCUAACCAACCGAGGGUUGAGAUCAAGGGACAUGACUCUAGGGCUUAUUACACUCUUGUGAUGGUGGAUCCUGAUUCACCAAGCCCCAGCAAUCCAACCAAGAGGGAGUACCUCCAUUGGUUGGUGACUGAUGUCCCAGAAAAAUCAAAUGCAACUAAUGGAAAUGAGAUUGUAGCCUAUGAGAGUCCCCGGCCAAUCGCGGGAAUCCAUCGGUUUGUCCUCGUGCUAUUUCGGCAAUCCAUCCGGCAGACUAUCGAUGCGCCGGGAUGGAGGCAAAACUUCAACACCAGAGAUUUCACAGCAGUCUACAACCUCGGCAAUCCAGUGACUGCAGUGUUCUUCAACUGCCAAAGGGAGAAUGGAUGUGGUGGAAGAAGGCAUGAAUAG